AUGAAUUAUGGAGUUAGCGCAGUCAGUCGGUCGCGGCGCGUCACGGAGUGCGCACGUCGGCGCCAUGUCCGCGCGGUGACUGCGCUCCACUCACGCGGAGUUAGGCGGGAAAGUUCCCGCCCACCACGCUACAAAAUAUUUUCAGACGCGAACAAGCUGGCGAGCGGCGGCGGUGGCGGGCGCGGGCUGUUCUGCUACCACUGCCCGCCCAGUCUGCCGCCGCACCAGCAUCGCCUGCCGACGCUCGAGUACCCCUUCACGUCGUCACAUCCUUACACAUCGUACUCGUACCACCCGGCGAUCCACGAUGACACGUUCGUUCGCCGCAAGCAGCGCCGCAACCGAACCACCUUCACGCUGCAGCAGCUUGAAGAGCUGGAGACAGCGUUCGCCCAAACCCACUACCCGGAUGUAUUCACACGGGAGGACCUCGCGCUCAAAAUCAACCUCACUGAGGCUAGGGUGCAGGUAUGGUUUCAAAAUAGAAGAGCAAAAUGGCGGAAGGCGGAGCGGUUAAAAGAGGAACAGAGGAAGCGGGAGGGCGCCGAGAUCAUGGCGAAGAGGGACCCCUCUGAUGAUAAGGGUUCAUCAGAGUGCGGGAUGUCGCGCGGCUCAGGGGAGGCAUCGCCGAUGUCGGCGGGCGGCUCACCUCGCGCCUCGCCCCCCGUCACCCCCGGCUCGCCGCGCCGCUCGCCGCACCGCUCGCCCAAUCGCUCGCCGAGACUCGAAAGAUCUGACCCCAGCUGCCCGUCGCCGGCGCCGUCGGUGGGCAGCGCGGGCUCGCGGGACGCGCCCCCCGACCACCGCCCUCCGCACCACCUGUUCUCGCCCUUCGACCAUGGCGCAUUCCGCUCGUCGUCAGCAGGGGCACCCGGCUCGGGGUCGGACGCGCCGCCGCCGCCCCCGCUGUUCCUGCCCCCGCACCUCUCGCACCUGUCGCAUCAUCUCAACCAGCUGUCGCAGCCCUUCUUCCCGCUGAAAGGCUGGGGCGCCCCCUGUCCCUGCUGCCCGAAAGAGGAGGCGCGGUCAUCCAGCGUGGCGGAACUACGUCGUAAGGCCCACGAGCAUUCCGCGGCCCUCCUCCAUAGCAUCGCCAGCUUCCAGUCCCGAGCUCUGCUGCCUCUGCCCCUACCGCCGUUGCCGCUGCCCCUUCCGCUAUUGCACGAGAACGCGCAGUCCUCGAGCGACGCCCCCAAACAUGUGGAGUAGCUACCACUGAGCAAUGUCAAACAUUAUUGUAAAAAAGUAGAUAAUCGUGCUACCGCGGUGGUUAGCUUUAAAAUCAGAUCGAUAAAGAGUUAGAAUUAUUGUCACAACAAUGGUCGCUAACCAUUGACAUUCCAAAGAUAUUAAAAGGAAAUGAUCUUAACUUUCGAAGAGCUAAAUAUUCAGAAAUUUAAUAGCUUUUUGAUCUCAUUUGUGGCCGGAGAUUAAACAUAUGCGAUUGAGUUUUAAUUAGUUAAAUAGAUAAACCAACAAUAAAAGCAAGCAUUAUCGUAUAGCUUUUUUACUCAGUAAAGGCAAAAUUUAAAAUUGGUGCGUUCUUAAGCUCCGGCCAGUGUCAUCUGACGUUUCGGUAUCUCGUCAAAUCGCAAAAGGAUAUAUACUGUGGUGAAACUAGAUGCAUAAAUGCCAUUUAAAAGUAGAAUGAAGUUAUUCUUUUAUUUCUUAUAAGUUAUCAGGCUGUGAUUUGUAUUUUUGGAAAUCCAGUGAAUAUGUGCCAUAGUAUUGUCAGUUUUAUAGUGCCAAUGUGUAUUCAGUGCCAUAGCUAUUAUUAAUAUAUAAAUAAUCAAGAUACAAUAGAAUAAAUACUUAAAUUGUAUAUAGGAAAUAGUUAAGUA